AUGGGAGAAAUUUAUUUUCCCCUUUCGUUAAAAUUAAAACAAAAAUCUCCGAAAAAAAUUAACAUCAGUUGCAAAAAUCAUGACCUGUCGCUCUUAAACCAAGUACUGAAUUCAGUUUUGAAAAACUUGAGAGUAAUCAAAAGCGAAAAAUGUAAAGCACCGGUCAAAUUUCUGCAGUUGCUAGACAAAAUCAUCCCCAACGAAUAUUUCGGCACAGUCAAUCACCGUCAACUUUUCUACAAAAUUGUAAAACUCAUCCUGACGCAAUCAUACUUUGAAUGUGUACAUUCGUCUAUUAUUAUCAAAGGUUUCAGUUACAAUUCCAUACCUUGGUUAAAUAAUAUUAAGUGCUUAAAAACUUGCGAAACCCUUUUAAUGAAAUCAAACACUUUUUUGCUUGAACGAGUAGUAAAACCAUUGAUACUUUUCUAUUAUAAGCCUGUUCGAACGUAUAAUGGGUACGAAAUUAAGUUCAUCCGCUUGGAGCAAUGGACUUCUUACGAAACAAAAAUGUUUAACCGACUCAAAAAAAGAGAUUUUUUGUCAGAGAUUAAAUCACCUUGUGGAAUCACAGCACGUGGUUACUUAAAAAUAGUCCCAAAAGGGGAAUUGGGAGAGUUCACUUUUCGUCCACUUAUCAACUCUUUUCGAAAUAACAAGAUCAUUUUGAAAAAUUUAGCUUCAAAAAUCAUUUACGCGGCGAGAGAAAUGAACACACUUUUUUCCAACAUCUUCGAUGAUUGGUCUAAGUUUGUAACAACAAACCGUGGGAACGUUUUUGGAAUAAAAUUAGACAUUAAAGACGCAUAUGGAAACGUGAACAUCGACAUUUUGUGUGACGUAAUUUUAAAACUGCCGCCAACAUUUUUAAACGAAGGUGAAAAAAUGUUUAUUGUUAAGUAUGUCAAAAAUCAGCUUGUUGUUUUCAGAGGUAAUUUGUAUAAAUGGAAGCACGGACUUGUUCAGGGUGAUCCUCUAUCUUCGUGUUUGUGCGAAUUAUAUUUAACUUAUUUAGAUAAAAUAGCCAUUCCGGACUUAGAUUCUGAGUCAUUUAUGCAUCGCACUGUAGACGACUACUUUUUUUGUUCUACUGAUGUAAAUAAAGUGUCAAAUUUUGAAUCUAUCAUUAAAUGCGUGCACACAGUCAAUGAAAAUAAAACACAAUCAAACUUACCGCCACUUUGUUGGAACGAAAUUCUAUAUUGUGGAAAAAUUUUCAAUGUAGCGACUGGAGAAAUUAAAAUUUUGCACAGCUUUAAUAAGGGGUAUGAUAUCAGACACAGAUUUAAACUAUGGAAUAUCCAUAAGCCAAUACCUGAGACUGACUGCGAAGUUUUUCUUCGCAAAGUUAUGUCUUUUAGACUUUAUGGUAAUUAUUUUAGUAAAAUGGAACUAAAUACGAUUUUUAACGGUCAGAAAACGGUUCUAGAGAACUUUUUCGAUGGUAUAGUUUAUGUUGCUUAUAAAUUUGAUGCCACUGUUAUGGCCCUACGAAAUAAUUCCCUACUAGAAAAUUUUAAUUUUGUCGUGCAUAUUUUAGAACGUUGUGUAAUGGAGUUUGCUUCAAAAUCUCUUAGUAAAAUCGAAAGUGUGAAAGGGUGCAAUUACAGAAGAAAAAUUGAUUUAAAAUUGUUAAGGAUUUUAGCAUACAAAGCCUUUAUUUUGGUUUUUAAACGCAGAAACGAGGUUUAUAAAAAUUUAGUAUCGUCUCUUCAGGAAACUAACAACCUAAAGAUUAAUCGUAGCUGUUACAAAAUCGAUCUGAGUUACUUUGAAAAGCUUCCAAAAGGCCUUGAUCGCGUCAAAAUUAAUAGAAAAAAUUUACUGUGA